GCAGGGCAGGUCGAGUAGGGAUGCAGAAAGGCGGCUCAGCGACCUGGCGGUUGGGUGCUGGGCGGCUCGGGCGCAGGGCGGCUCGGCUCCGGGGCGGCUCGGCGGCAGGGCAGCUCGGGGGCAGGGCGACUCGGCUCCCAAGCGGCUCGGCGACAGGGCGGCUCAGGCGGCUCGGCGACAGGGCGGCUCGGGUGCAGGGCGGCUCGGCUCCCGGGCGGCUCGGCUGCAGGGCGGCUCGGCUCCCGGUAGUAGGGGGGGGGGGGGGGCCGCGGUCGAGCAGGCGGCCGGGGCCGCGGUAGUAGCUGGCGGCGAGGCCGUGCGAGCAGGCAGCCGGGGCCGCGAUAGGAGCGGGCGGCGGGGCCGCGGUCGAACAGGCGGCUGGGGCCGCGGUCGUAGCAGGCGGCCGGGGCCGCGGUCGUAG